UUGACAAGCAGUUACCGGUCUCUCUACCCCAUUUUUGACCCUUUGGUGGGAAGCGAACGGAGUCAUUGUUUGUCAUCUCCUUAACUUUUUCGGUUUAUGCUUGUGCGGCUGCUGAGAACGUUACCCCAGAACGUGUCGAGAGUCGUGCAUCACGUCCCGCUAGCCAUGAAGCCGCAGGUUAUAUUCGUAUUGGGCGGGCCCGGCGCCGGUAAAGGAACACAGUGCGCCAAAAUUGUGGAGAACUACGGCUACACUCACCUGUCUGCAGGUGACCUGCUGCGGGCUGAGCGUGCCCGGGAGGGCUCAGAAUUUGGACAGCUCAUCGACAGCUACAUUAAGGAUGGCAGGAUUGUUCCUGUGGAGAUCACGAUAAACCUUCUAAGAAAGGCGAUGGAGGAGACCAUGCAGUUGGACCAAGAGAAGUUCCGUUUUCUGAUUGAUGGCUUUCCCAGGAACCAAGACAACCUGCAGGGGUGGACCUCCGUCAUGGAGGGCAAGGCUGACGUCAAAUUUGUCCUCUUCUUUGACUGCAGUGACCAGGUGUGUAUUGAGAGGUGUCUGGAGAGGGGGAAAAGCAGUGGUCGCACCGACGACAACAGAGAGAGUCUGGAGAAAAGGAUCCAGACGUACCUGCAGUCCACACGGCCCAUCAUUGAGCUGUACCAGCAGCAGGGGAAGGUUCGCACUGUGGACGCCUCUCGCGGCGUAGACGAGGUAUUUUCUGAUGUGAAGACACUCCUGGACAAGGAGGGGUAGAUGUCCCUCUUUUAGCACACUGCACAGCCAGGGAUGGGACCCCCUUACACACCGGGUUGAACUGCUACACGCACUAUGCUCAAUGUAUAUAUAUGUCCAUGUUUGAGUUUGUGUUGAAUUUAUGUAUGUGAUGGGAAUUUUGUUUCUUUUAGAUUCAUGUGUAAAAGUGACAGUUCCUACAGAAGGGAGUGAGGGGUGCAUGGUGAGAGGGAGCCAUUCAGGUGCACAUUUGGACCCCUGGUCUUGGGGGUUCCUCCUCAAACUACAGACUCCUCACCUGUAGGAACAGCCCUUGCCCAGCCACAACAGGGUAUUUUCAGAGAGCAGAGUGGGGGGGGGAUUUUACACUGAGCUGAGCUCGUAGGGCAGUGAAUUCAAAAGGCAUGCAGAUGUAAGCGGGAGGCAGCUUAGAGCUAGUAGUUUUUAUUAUCUGUAGGAUAUCAGAUUGACUUUGUUAAAGGUGUUGAGGAGAGUAUUGACAGGCAGCUUCUUGAGUGAUCACCAGGCUGAUGAUCAUGAUGAUGAUGGAGGCACAGAAAAGGACUGAGGAACACUGGGGGACAGCGGAUGAUGAGGAGCUUUUGAGUGUUUGUGUUUGGAGUGACACCCAAGAUCAAGAAUCUGAAUAUGUACAGUGAUGGUCUGCGCUGGGUCAUAGUGACAUCAGCAGAGUUACACAUCACAGUAUGCUUUUAUCAUGUGUUGGUACAUGAACUGUGGUUACUCACUGGUUCCACCAAGUAUUAUUGUGACAGGAGGGUGGACUAGGUCACCAAGGGACCUCAUUUUGGGAGCUGGGAGCCCAGCGGAAAUGAAGGGUUUUAAAGAAAAUGUAUUUUUGCCUCACUAAAAAAAAGGCCAUCAUUAAUGACUCCACACAAAGGUGCUGUGUCAGGGUAUUUAACUAAAACCUGGCUCUGAGCGGGGUUAUGCUGUAUGAAACCUGGUGGGGAAAAGAGCUCAGUUUGAGUGAGCAGAGGGAUCUCUUUCCACUGAAACCAGUGGCCCUCAUAUGUACUUCCUAGGAUCUGGUGGACUGACGUCAAAGUGUGAAAUCACUGUUGCAGGCACUUAAAGUGAGAACCACUGUGUGAUUUCAGUCUCUGGUCCCUACUAACACAUAGAGCACGCCUCUCCCCUUGCCCCCCUACCCUCCCAGCUCUUGCCCUUAAUCAGCACUUCCUACCCUCUGCUGAGACGUCCCGCUUUUAUUGUCUGUGUGUCCACAGCAGGGCAUUCAUUCUUCAUUUCAAGUGCAAAACAGUAGUAUUGGAAAUUGUUCUUUUUUUUGUAUUUCGUGUGUAAAACCAUGGAAGGAAAACGUACAACAAAGCAAAUGGACCAGUUUGUUAAACUUGAAUUUGUUAUUUUUAAGUAAGGCAGGAGAAGAUCACAAAGAGAAUCAAAAUAUACAAAUACAUGCUCUUCACUCCAACGAGAAUGUGUGUUUUAUUUUUUUCUUCAUGUUACGGAGCACUUAUUUUACGGCAUUGCCCUCUUGUCUUUAGUUCUUUUCAGCUAAGGUAGAAAUCGCACCAAGUCAGUAAGUUUGUGAAUCAUUUUAUUUUUUCAAACCAAGAAUUCAGUUAACAUUUCAAGCAAUGCUUUCUCAUAAAGUUGCCCUUAAUGAAGUGUUGUUACAAAUUGGCAGGGUUUGCAAGUCCUCUGCUACUUCA